CCAAACCCAUUACAGCAGCUCAGCAGCGGACUUGCGCCUACAUGUUGGACUGGUUACUUUGUAGGCAAGCUGAAAUACAGUGAGGAGUUUGGUAGACAACGAUGGUGGCCAGGCCAAGAAAAAGCAGAAAACGUACUAUUUCCACGUGGAGUGGGAAAGCGUUUUUUUUUUUUUUACAAAUGUGAAGGACAAGUGUGUGUGCCUCAUCUGGGGGACCAGCGUUUCAGUUGGAUGAAAAAGUAACGUGGAGCGCCACCUCACUCAAGUCCACGGUAACUUUGCACAUGAUUUUCCUGCAGGCAGCUGGCUACGGACUGAAAAGGUGAACCAGCUAAAAGCAACACUUAAAAAACUUAACUGGUCUUUCAUCCAACCAAUUAAGAAGGCCAACGCGGCAACGGAGUAAUCGUUCAAAGUGGCGCACAUCCUGAAAAGGCACAAAACGCCGUUCACUGAUGGCGGGAUGGUGAAGGAUGCAAUGACCGCACUGGCCGAGAAGUUAUUUGAGUUGCCGGUUCCUCCCUCUCCUCCAUCCCCGCCUCGGUUCAAUGAGCCGCCCUGUCUGGCAUGAACGGCAGAAGAGAUCUCCUCCUGUCUACGGUCGUACACAUGGCCUUCGUGGAGGUGAACGAGGACGGCACGGAGGUGGCUGGGGCAACACCAGCCGUGGUCACUAAUGGUUGCUGUAUCUUUACAGCAGACCACCCCUUCCUCUUCCUCCUCAGGCGCAAUAAAACCAAGUCCAUCCUCUUCCUCGGCAAGUUCUCGUCUCCUCAGAGGUUAUAACCAGGAGAGGAAGAUAUUCAAAUAAAAGCUUAAUCCUUUAAGUUUUUGUCUGUUAUUGCACUGAAGUUAUAGAUGAAGCUAUCAAUUAAUGAAAAGUGUUUUUGAUCCAAAAAUGAUCUGUGUGUUGAUUUUGAAAAGAGUCGUUGUUCAUAUUUGAAAGGCACACGAUUAAUAUGAAUAAUAAUGAUAAGCUGUAGUUAUAGAGCACUUUUCAGAUUCUCAAUAAAAGUGACAAAGAUAAAUAAGACACUUUAUCAGAGUCAUCACACAAAGAGGUUGUGCAAACAUUUCCUCAUAAUUGUGUUUUGAGGAAAGUUGGCUAGCAGUCAGUGGCUUAUUGCCCAGUCACGCGCCACGCCCACCCAUAUACUGUAUAUAUAUACUGGUGUACGUGUUCCUCUCCUGACGGCUCAACCUCCAGGUUCACAUUCUCCGCUUCCACAUCUUCUCAUCUCUCAGGACAACUGUACAUCCUCAGCCAUGGGCAACCACAGCGUCCACCAUAACUUCCAUGGCAACAACCCAGGCGUAGUACACUUCUCAAGCCCUGUCGACAUUCCAGACGAUGUGCCGCUGUACCGGACUCUGAGCCAUGCAAACCCAUCAGGGAAUAUGUUCUUGUCUCCGCUGAGCAUCAAUUCAGCUCUGGCUAUGGUCUACCUGGGAGCCAGAGGAGAAACAGCUUUUCAAAUGGAAAAGGUCCUGGCAUUCGAACCUGGUGAAGAGGUCCAUGCUGCCUUCAAGAAGCUUAUCGCAGAAAUCAACUCACCAUCGGCAUCAUACAUUCUGAAAACAGCCAAUCGUUUAUAUGGGGAGAAAACCACAAAGUUCAUCCCUCCAUUCCUGGAAGCCAUAGGUAAGUACUACAAGGACAACCUGAAGACUGUGGAUUUCAUCGGGGCUGCGGAGGCGAGCAGAGGAGAGAUCAACACCUGGGUCGAGAAGCAGACAGAAAAUAAAAUAAAAGAUCUCCUGAAGGCAGUCUCUGAUGGUACGAGGCUGGCUCUGGUCAAUGCCAUCUACUUUAAGGGAAACUGGAUGUAUCGCUUUGAUGAAGCAAACACCAAAGAGAUGCCCUUUAAAGUCAGCCAGACUGUGAGCAAACCAGUCCAGAUGAUGUUCCAGAAGAAGAAUCUGCACUACAACUCCAUCGAUGGCCUGCAGAUCCUGGAGCUGCCAUAUGAGAAGGAGGAGCUCAGCAUGUUGAUCCUGUUGCCUGCCCAGUCCACAGACGGAUCCGACCCUCUGCUGAAGCUGGAGGAGGAGCUGACGCUGGAGAUGCUGAAUGGAUUGACCGACAGGGAAAACAUGUUAGUCCACUCGGACAUCCACGUUCACCUGCCAAAGUUCAAAAUGGAGGUGGAAUACAAGCUGAACGAGCCUCUGUCCGAGAUGGGCAUGACUGACGUGUUCUGCCCGUCAAAGGCCGACCUGUCUGGCAUGAACGACGGAAGAGAUCUCUUCCUGUCUACAGUGGUACACAAGGCCUUCGUGGAGGUGAAUGAGGAGGGCAAGGAGGCGGCUGCGGCAACACCAGCCGUGGUCCCUCAGGGUGGCCCUAACUUGAAGGAGGAACACUUCACAGCAGACCACCCCUUCCUCUUCUUCAUCAGGCACAAUAAAACCAAGUCCUUGCUCUUCCUCGGCAAGUUCUCGUCUCCUCAGUAGACAGAACCAGAAGAGCCAAAUAAAGGCUAAAUCCUUUAAUAUGGGCUUUAAAUUCUGGGGUUUAUGCUAAUUGGCUUGUUUUUUUUUUAAUUAAUAAAGACUAGUUUUGCUCCAAC